AUGCCAGCAGACAACGAAGGCCACAUGCCCAUGGAGUCUGACGAAGCGUUACUGGCCAUCUACAGGAACCAACUCUCGCCCCGUUUUCCAUUCGUCAUUAUUUCAGCGAGCUCAACGCCGAGACAACUGCAGGAGGAGCGGCCCUUCCUUUUCAAGGUGAUUAGAAUGGUGGCCAGCGUACGCGAUUUGUCCACAAUAAGAGGACAGAGCCAAUCCAUCCUCCGACACGUCUCUGAGGCUAUGCUCCUCCGGUCAGAGCGCUCCCUUGAUCUUUUGCAAGGGAUAUUAGUCUUUCUGGGAUUUUAUCACUACCACUGUAUGACCCAUGCGCAGUUCGGCAAUCUCGUUCAUUUGGCCGCUAGUCUCGUAGAGGACAUGAAUCUGAACGUAUCUUAUUCGCCCCAAAACAGCGCGGGCAUCCUUCCUCUAAUGCGGGGUCAAGGUUCGAGGUCGAGGACAAAUGAGGAGAAUCGGACACUGCUUGGUGUGUGGUAUAUGAGUUCAAAUGCUGCUCUGGUUACCAAGCAUUUAGGGCCUGCAAGAUACACGAAAGAUCUGGACCACUGCCUCAGAGAACUUGAAAGUAUCGCGGAAUACGAGUCAGACCAACUGGCAGUGCAGCUCGUCCGCUUUCAAAACGCCACCAACAAGAUAUUCCAUUUCCAUUGCAGAGAUCAGCAAAUGGAUGAUCUCCCUAGCGCCCAGAAAGUCUCGGACACGGAAUGCUUAGAAGUGUUCCAGGCGGAGUUGGACAACCUAUGGAACGCAUCGUCCCCCAAGCUCAGAUCCAAUUGUCUUAUUUCAUGUCACUACAGAAGCGCAUAUCUUCAGCUGCUUGAGCCUCUGCUAACCGGAGCACAUCUACCCGGUGCCGUAUCUCAAACAUUCGACUCUCUGUCACUCUCCGGCCUGUUCAAGGUCAGCCUCUUUUCGCAUUUCACGGCUGCGUUGAAGGCCUGGUUCGACACUUGGCUCGCACUCCCCGUGUGCUCCUACUUUCACAUGCCACAGCCAGUCUCCUUUCAGCUAUUUCAUGCCUGCCGGGCUCUCAUACGAUGGGUCAGGGCGGCUGGACCAAACGCCAUCAGGCGCCCCGAUUCCGGCGUCAACAUGAAUACAUCACGUGGAUCUACAGCUCCUAAGCAGGUACUUCCAGCAAUGAGCGGAAUUCCAGAGUGCCCAGAGCUGAGUUCAAUAGAGCCUCCCAUUUCACACUCGUCUGCAACGAUGCCCACACAGCCUCUUGACUCACUGAAAGCUAAAGUCCUUGAGCAAGCUGAUCUUCGUAUUGAUGUAUUUGGCCUGUUGGAUUCCAUGACUGUCCGUUUCGAAUCUGCGAGCAAAGAAAUGGAAGCUGCCCAGGGAGGUACGUGGAACAAUAAUACCUGGGACGUGGCUGCAGAUCACAUCAGGAUCAAAAAGGCGAAGAUUGAAAAGUGGUGCGAGAUCACGGCGGCAGUGGGUAAUGAGGGGCGUGGCGGGCAGUCUAACCAGGUCAACGGUCUUGUUGAGACACCUAGAGAAUUCAGAGAUCGGGAGAUGGCAACAGAGUGGAGGAUGGAUGGGUUUGAAUGGCACGUCCCUGUCGAAGGUCAGGAGAACGGACAAUGGGAGGCGGAGCUUUUCGAUGAAAUCAUGAUGGACGCCGAUAUCAGCGCUUUCCUGGAUGCUCCUGGGAUUUGGGGCCCAGAUGCAUUGGACGAUAUGGGAGCGACAGGGAGAUUGGCCACGGCGAAUGAUUCUUGCUAG